UAUACCAUGGAACUAACAUUUGGUGGGAAGUAUAGAUUAGAAGAAGAGAUUGGAUAUGGGGGUUGCGGGUCUGUGUAUAUGGGCACGCAUACCAUCGCCGGCAAAGAGGUUGCCAUCAAGGUCGAAUCGGCAAAUGCAAAACAUUCCAUGCUCAAGCAAGAGUCCAGGAUAUACAAAACCCUAAUGGGAGGUCCUGGCGUGCCAUGGAUGAUGUGGUCCGGAAAACAAGGAGACUAUAAUGUGAUGGUUAUUGAUCUGCUCGGUCCGUCGCUGGAAGACCUCUUCAAGAUUUGCAACAAGCACUUUACGCUCAAGACCGUACUUUUACUUGCCGACCAGAUGCUUUCACUCAUUGAAUUUAUUCACUCUCGCGACUGGGUACAUCGAGAUAUUAAGCCUGCCAACUUCCUCAUGGGCCCAGACGUAUAUUCGUCCUCGCGGCCGUCGUCCUGCGACCGGGUGAACGUAAUUGACUUCGGCCUCGCGAAGAAGUAUGCGAACAGUGGGACGGGCGAACACAUCAAGAACACACAGUGUGACACUCAUGGGGUCGGAACUCCGCUUUUUGCCAGCAUCAACACGCACAAAGGUGAAGAUUGCUCAAGGCGUGAUGACCUUGAGUCGUUGGCGUAUACGCUCAUCUAUUUCCUCCGUGGAACAUUGCCCUGGCGGAAGGUGAAGCCUCCUCCGGACGCCGAUAAGAACCCGAAACUCGCGUGGGAUAAGGUCCUGGUUGCAAAACUCGCUGCUGAGUCUUCUGGAAUCGUCACCGCAGGUCUCCCAACCGAAUUCGACAUCUUCUAUCGAUAUGUGCGAAACCUCGCCUUUGAGGAUCUACCCGAUUACGCUGGCUGCCGAAAACUGUUCCGAGAUCUCGCGAAACGUGAGGGUAUCGAGUAUGACGGCCAAUUUGACUGGACUGUUGUGGGCGAACGUGUGUGGCGCCGAAAGAGUGGCAAGCAGCGGUCUGCCAGCGGGCCUAGUACUAUCAGUGGCGGCAGCCAGAGACGUCGCCGGUUUUGCGAAGCGUGUGAAGCUCGCGCUCAAAUGGAAGCUGAGAUGCACUCCAUACCGUUGUCUCGACGGUCAUAGGGAGUGGGACGAAGAAAUCUGUUGGGUUGUAUUUUUAUUUCUCUCAUCAUUCUGGGUGUAUUUCUAGCUAGUGGUCAAGUAAUGUCAAGCCUUCCUUUUGGAUGCCUUGACAACACUACAAAUUGUCCGCACCGGCCACUGCCGUGGCUGAGGGCCAUGAUCCUCGCCUAGCAUCGUGCGAGAAACUCGCUGUACCCUGCCUUGGAUAAUAACAAAGAGCAUGUCUGGGAAUCUAGCCCCGGAAUGGAUCUCAAAGGUCGCGACAGCCGGGCGUGUCGCGAUUUUAAUUGACAUUGCUUUUCAUCGUGUUGCCAAUCGUUUUGCUUUGCUGUUACAAUGGGGACUCCGCCUGGCCGGCAUGGUCCUCUAUCUCGCCUUGCUCUCGCAACUCUGCACUUGACUAGGAUUUCUUUGGGGUUUUAACACAUGGAUAGAUCGUAAAUGGCAUGUAGACGAAUAUCUCCGUUCUCACAAAUCUUGUUUCUAUUUGUAUCAUUACUAUUCUACCUGCUUUCUUCGCCACCAUGUGCCCACUUGUAUACGUGCUCUGUUGGAUCUAGCUGUCAUAUAUUGUAGCUGUUCUUAUUUGCCUGCAUUUCUCAAUCAAUAUUUGGAUUGUUGCAUUUUGUACUUUUUCUACUGUAUAUAGGACUCUUUAUCACUUGAAAAUAUCUGUGCUUUGACAUA